GACGUCACACAUUGUGACCAUAUGCUUCAAUAUCUUGAUACUUUUACUAUAAAUAUAUGCUUCAAUCUACACUGUAACAACAACAAGAAGCACAACUUACUCUCUCUUUUUUUUGCUGGUAAAAUUAUUUCGAUAUUUUUCGUAGUCAUGGAGAAAGCGGUGCAACUGGUGGUGAGGAUUACGGUGGUGUUUGUGGUUGCUUUGUUUGUUAAAUGUGCAUGGAGGGUGUGGGAUUCGGUGUGGGUGAGACCACGGCAAGUGGAGAAGUGCCUGAGAAAGCAAGGACUGAGAGGAAACUCCUACAGGUUCUUGUAUGGAGACGUGAAGGACAACUUGGAAAUGAGUAAGAAAGCCAUGUCGACGCCGAUGAAUCUUUCCGGCGAUGUGGCCACGCGUGCCAUACCCUUCAUUCAUCAGACCAUCAACAAAUAUGGCGAGAAUAGUUUCAUAUGGUUUGGACCAACUCCCAGGUUGUUGAUAACAGAUCCGGUGCUCGUAAAACAGGUCUUAAACCAAACCUUUAGAUUUAAGAAGCUUCGGCAGAACCCGAUCGUAAGAAUGUUUGCUAAUGGGCUGGCAAGUAUUGAUGGCGAUCAAUGGACUCAGCACAGAAAACUCCUCAGCCCAGCUUUUCUUAGUUCCAAGUUGAAGCUAAUGCUACCGGUGAUGUAUAUUAGUUGCAUCGAGUUGGUGAGGGAAUGGCAGAAGAUGAUAGAGAUGAAGGGGCGGUGUGAAAUAGACGUUGCACCAUAUUUGAAUACACUAACCAGCGAUGUGAUUUCACGUACAGCAUUUGGAAGUAGCUACGAGGAGGGAAGCGUGGUGUUUAAGCUUCAGCGCCAACAAAUUGAGCUUGUAAACAAGUCUCUGCAAUCUGUGUACAUUCCUGGAUGGAGGUUUUUACCAACUAAGAACAACAGGAGGAUGAAGGAGUUGAGUAACAAAAUCCAAUCUUCCCUGACAAACAUCAUCGAAAAAAAGACCAAGACAAUGAAGGCAGGACAGAGUCGCGCAGAUGACCUGCUGGGGAUCUUAUUGGAAUCCAAUGAGCAGUGCAAAAAUGGAUCAGCUUAUGUUCCAAUGAGCCUCGAUGAUGUGAUAGGCGAGUGCAAGCUAUUCUACUUUGCUGGACAAGAAACCACCUCAAACGUGCUUGUCUGGACCUUGAUUUUACUCAGCAUUCAUCAGAACUGGCAAACGCGUGCCAGAGAAGAGGUUCUGCAAGUAAUAGGCAAUCAAGGACAACCCGAUUCUGAUCAUCUUAGCCGCCUCAAAGUUAUUUCAAUGAUUAUAAACGAGGUACUAAGGCUAUAUCCUCCAGCACACACUCUGACUAGGAAGGUCCACGAAACUACAACUUUAGGCGAUAUAACAUUAUCAUCAGGGGUCGAAGUUUCUCUGCCUGUCUUGCUAAUACACCACGAUACAAAAGCUUGGGGCGCAGAUGCAAAAGAAUUCAACCCCGAAAGAUUUGCCAAUGGGGUGUUCAAGGCAACAAACAAUAACCAGGCAGCCUACUGCCCUUUCGGGAUGGGGCCAAGAACUUGCAUUGGACAAAACUUUGCUACACUGGAAGCUAAACUAGCCCUUGCUACCAUUUUACAACACUUCUCCUUCGAGCUUUCGCCAACCUAUACACAUGCCCCCGCUACACUCAUAACUCUUCAACCACAGCACGGAGCUAAGUUAAUAGUGACCAGGGUUUAGUUACUAAGUUGUCGUAUGAACAAGAGUUCAGCAGAUCAUGAACUGAUCAUUAACUUUGCAGACUUCAAUUUUUAUCACUUUGAUCUUUGUAUGUACAGCUAAUGAAAUGCCUCAGAGGCAUUCAUGUAAUAUACUAAUAUUAUCAAGUAUCAACCUACCCAUUUCAAGUGCGGUCUUUUAACAUU